AUUACGAGACUGAGUUACACGCGAUAGCUCCUAUCUCAUUAUAAAGGCCCACAUAGUGGUUGUCCAAGGUGCGGAGUGUGUGCGUUCUGAGCGUGAGAGCGCCAAUUUGUCACUGCACUGCCACUGGACACGCGGCUGUCACAUCUAUGGCGAGCUCGCAGACUGAGUUGCCCAUAGCUCAUGCUACUAUCGAAAGCAUCCAGGGCGCAGUUGGAACCAGAGCAACCCCUCAAUCGACCGCCAUAUUCAUUUGCACGAUGAACGACUGCCAUCGUCUCUUCCCAAGUCGCAUUCGCCUGGGUGCCCAUCGUCGCCGAGACCAUGGAACGGAAGACACCGACAGCAAGGUUGUAACAUGGGAUGACAGUCCAACACCACUACCUCAUCCCACUGACAUGGGAUGAUUGCUGGAGGUUUACGCCCUCACGCUUACAGUCACCUU